AUGAGAUGUUCCUGUGGGAUUCGAUAUAAACAUUAGAAAGGAAAACACCCCGCCUCUUGUGUCACCACCUGGAAGGAAGGCUAUAUAAGCACUUCAAAGAAGAAAAGCCACUGGCUUGGCAUUGACGCUCAGUUGAGGGUGCUUCGGGUGGUGACCACAGACUCUGAAGCUGGACAUACACAGUGGAUACCAAGGGCUCUACAGUGACUAUGUCUUCUUCAACCCCACCCCAAAACUGCUCUGGGAAUACAAAUAUGAAGGCCAACACUUCUAACAUUAGCUGUUGUCAUGAUGGUCAAUCAACUGGCCACGCUCUACGAACUCCCCAGGGCCAGGGCUGUCGACCCAGCCCUUGCCUUUAUCGCACCCCUCACUACGUGUUAAGAACCUACAACUUCCAUCCCUGUCUGGAUGACUGCAGCUGGUGCAGUGAAGGCAUCAACAGCCAUGAGAAAGAGACCAUGCAGAUUCUGAACCAACGCCUUGCGAACUACCUGGAAAAGGUGCAGAGGCUGGAAAGAGAGAACGCGGAGCUGGAGGGUAAAAUCCAGGAGGAGCACAACAAGGCCCUCCCUGUCCUGUGUGCAGACUACCUGUCCUACUACACCACCAUUGAGGAGCUGCAGCAGAAGAUCUUGUGUACCAAGGCUGAGAAUUCCAGACUGGUCUCACAAAUUGACAACACCAAACUGGCCGCAGAUGACUUGAGAGCCAACUAUGAAGCUGAGCUAUCCCUACGCCAGCUCGUGGAAGCCGACACCAAUGGCCUGAAGCAGAUCCUGGAUGGGCUGACUCUGAGCAAGGCUGACCUGGAGGUGCAAGUCCGAUCUCUGACGGAGGAACUUCUGUGCCUCAAGAAGAACCAUGAGGAGGAAAUCAAUUCCUUACAGUGCCAACUCGGGGACAGAAUCAACAUUGAAGUAACGGCUGCCCCUUCUGUUGACCUAAAUCAAAUUCUACAAGAAAUGAGAUGUCAGUAUGAGUCUAUCAUGGAGACAAACCGUAAAGAUGUAGAACAAUGGUUCAAUACACAGAUGGAGGAACUGAAUCAACAAGUAAUAAGCAGCUCUCAACAGCAGCAAUGCUGCCAGAAGGACAUCGUAGAACUGAGGCGCACCAUGAGUACCCUCAAGAUUGAGCUGCAGGCUCAGCACCGAAUGAGAGACUCCCAGGAGUGCAUCCUAGCAGAGACGGGGGCCCGCUACAGCACCCUGCUGGCCCAGAUCCAGAAUCUGAUCCAUAACCUGGAGGCUCAGGUGGCAGACAUCCGGGCUGCCCUGGAAAGACAGAACCAGGAAUAUGAAGUGCUGCUGGACAUCAAGUCCCGCCUGGAGUCUGAGAUUGUCACCUACCGCAGCCUUUUGGAGAGCUUGGAUGGCAGACUUCCCUGUAACCCGUGUGCCACCAAACGGGAGUCAUCCUGCCAGGCCAGAGCUGUGGAGUGUUUGGCCCCGGUUUGUACAUCUACAUCACUGCCUGGGGUUCCCAAGCCCUGCCGUGCCUCUGAACCCCCAUCCUGGAUACUGGUUAAAAUAUGCACCAUCACCAAGGAGAUCAAGGACGGGAAGGUCAUUUCUUCUUAUGAGCAUGUGCAGCCUUGCUACAUCACCAGACCUGCCAGAGUCUAGCCUCCCAAGGUGAUGAGAAUGACCCACAUUCAUGAAAGAGAGGCCAGUGUAUGCUCCAGCCAGAAAGGUUUAAGGAACCCCCCAGUCCCUUAAGGUACCCAGUUUCUUACUACUACAGUGGGGCCCCAUCUUUUAUUCUUCUCCUCCCCUUAGUUACUGCUACCAACACAAUAAUGUCACAUUUCUCUGGAAGGACAUUCUGUAUUGUCACAAGGAUGGGUGCUGAUUAGCGAGUGCCUACGUUGCUUGCUAAGCCAGAUGAAGGACAAGCAGGUUUCCCUCGUGUUUGCUCAAGCCUUGUUUAUCUCCUCCAUAGAGCCAGUCAGACAAGUUCUGGGAUUGAUUUUGGCAAUCGGCACGUGAAGGCAAAAAGCCACAGCCUUGCCUUCUGAAUGCCUUCUUUGGAUAUAGAAUAAAGCCAGCACGGGAACAAAAUAAAUAAGGAAGACUCAGAUGCCUAGUUCCCAGGGAUGAAGCAAUGACAAGCCUGGAUCCUCCUGACCUUUGCUACCUCAACCAAUUAUAUAUCUAUACCAGUAUAUUUUCCCUUCAUCAAAAAACAAUUGUGGGAACUUUCUCCAUGCUCUGUAUUCUCCCCCCCCCCCCCAUCUACCCUUAUUUUCAUGUUUUAUUUUCAGGCUGGGUCUUACUGAAUUUCCAAGGCUUACCCUGAACUCAUUCUGUAUCUCAGCUGAGUCUUAAAUUUGUUAUCCUCCUGCCUCAGCCUCCUGAGUAUUUGGGAUUAUAGGCCUAUCCCAUUACAUAUGGCAGAUAUCCACAGUCUCUGAAAUUUGGGGAACCGCAAGGUUCUUCUCCAAAUGUUUCCUUUAAGAAUCAGGAUUAGUUGUGUGGGAUGCAUUUAGGGCUCUCUCUUUGGAGUCAUAUUGAAGCAGUAGCCUGAAUCCUUUCAUUAAAUGUUGGCUGUUUCUGUUUCUAUCCCUUAGGGUAUGGGAGUUUGAUCUGCUUGUUUGACAAGGGGCAUAGAGCUGGAUUUCUCAAGACAUAAGACUCGAUGGGUGACAAUGACAAAAUAGCUUAGAUUCCUGCUUCAGUCUAUCCAUCAGGAGAGAGAUGGAAUUAAAAUCCCCAAAUGUUCCAAAAGAGCAUUAGUGAGUAAUUUCUGCUUUCAAGCAAGAGGCCACUCCAAAUGCCAGAUGCUACCAUUCUAUACCAGCCAUUAUCACAACUUUUAAAGCAGGCCCACAGAAGUAGGGAAGUCAUUCUUUGGGGGGAAAAAAAAAACUAUUAGACCUUGUUAGAGGUGUUAGCAAAAAACGAAAAAACAAAAGCAAACAAACAAAAAAAAAAAACUGAAUGAAACACAAGCUGUAGACUCCAAAGACC